GAUGAGACUUAUUUAUUUCCCGCCAAAUUCGUUCCAUAUAUUUCGCCUCCGACGGUUUACAGAGCUCGGUUAGGGCAUCGACGUCGAUUCCAGGAUGGAUGAGGAGCAACUGAUCCCCCACGCCGACGAGCUCGAGUGGCUUGAAACUAACAGCUUUUUGGUCGAAUCCGAAGGGGAAGACGACUUACCUUUCAUCGCAGAAGAGAUCAGGCAAGAUGAUGGGGAUCUUCCAUUCUCAGCUGCCUUGCCUCGCCCACAUGAGAGUCAGGUCUCCAGGAAGCGUAGCUGGUCGGAAGAGGACGAGGGAUCUGAAAAUAUCGGAGAAAUUAUUAAGAGAGAGGAGAGUGGAAAUAAGAGAAGAGCAUUGGACUUUCUGGAGAGGGAGCAAGACGAGGAUUGGCUCCGGUAUUCCCCGCCGCAGAAGAAGGCCCCAGCUGUUCAUAUUGCAUCAGAGAGUGAUGUUCUGAUGGUGGAACCUCCCGUCAAGGAGAAGAUACUGUCCAGAUUUGCCGUGGAGAUUGAAGGUGAUUGCGUACCUGUGACAGGACCAUAUGGUGACCGUGUCUAUGCUAAGAUGAAAUCUAGUAAAACGGAUAUUGAAGGCCCAAAAAAGCAAAGAAAAGAACAUCUUAAAUAUGGACUUCUUUCUGAGCCUAUUGGCAUCAUUAUAAAAAAAUUGGACCAUGAGGCUUUUGCUAAGGCCUUUGAAGAAAAUGAUUGCUUAUCAUGUCAUCAAACUCAUUCAGAAGUGCCAACUUUCAGUGAGAAGCUUUGGGUAGAAAAGUAUGCUCCAUGCUCUUUCACGGAGCUUCUAAGUGAUGAACAAACUAAUAGAGAGGUGCUUCUGUGGCUUAAACAAUGGGAUUCAUCUGUAUUUGGCUCUCAAGUUAGGUCGACCACUGAUGAUGUUUUAUCUGCUUUGCGGCGUCAUUCUUCACCUGUUCAACAUAAGAGGUUUUCUGGUGGCGAAACCUUCUUUGAGCAGGGUAGAGCAGCUCCUUUUACCCGUCAAAGUCUUAAAUCUUGGAAUGCAGAUAAGCACAUUGAGAAUGUAAAUGGUUUUUCUGAAUCAUGGAGCAAGAAAGCAACGGUGGAUCAUCCUCUUGAGCAAAAGGUACUUCUACUUUGUGGCCCUCCAGGGCUUGGAAAGACAACACUUGCACACGUAGCAGCUAAACAUUGUGGAUACCGAGUUGUUGAGAUCAAUGCAAGCGAUGAUAGGUCUUCUUUAACACUAGAAUCAAAAAUCCUUGAUGCAGUCCAGAUUGCAUCUGUCACUGCUGAUUCCAAACCUAAAUGUUUGGUCAUUGAUGAAAUAGAUGGUGCACUAGGUGAAGGGAAAGGUGCGGUGGAGGUGAUUCUAAAGCUGGUGGUUGCUGAUAAGAAAGCCAAGGUUGAGAAGCCUAAUUCCACGCAACAAUCUUUAUCAGAGUUUUCCUCUAGAAGAGGGAAAAAUUCGGCUACAUUGUUAAGGCCUGUAAUUUGCAUCUGCAAUGACCUUUAUGCACCAGCUUUGAGACCACUCCGCCAAAUUGCAAGGGUCCACAUGUUUGUGCAGCCAACAAUAAGUCGUGUGGUGAACAGGCUUAAAUAUGUUUGCCAAAAGGAAGGAUUGAAGACAAAUUCCAUAGCACUUGCAGCCCUAGCAGAAUAUACUGAAUGUGAUAUACGCUCGUGCUUAAACACGCUUCAGUUCUUGAACAAGAAGAAAGAAACCCUGAAUAUUUUGGAGGUUGGUUCCCAAGUAGUUGGUCACAAGGAUAUAUCGAGGAGUUGCAUUGAUAUAUGGAAUAAGAUUUUUCAAAAUGGUAAAUCCAAUCGCGCAAAGAGUUCAACAACUAACUUAAAUGGUCAUGGGGAUUUUGAGUUUAUGUAUUCCCUAUUAUCUAACCGUGGUGAUUAUGACUUAACUAUGGGCGGUAUUCAUGAAAACUUCUUAAGACUUUCUUACAUUGAUCCAAUGAUGAUAAAGACUGUUACGUGCCUUGAUAUGCUUGGUGUUUCUGAUUCGUUGCAUCAGUAUAUUAUGCGAACUCAACAGAUGUCACUUAAUGCUUUUCAGCCUCCUUUUGCAAUAGCUAUCAAACGCUUGAUUGCACUUGUUGAUAAGCCAAAUAUUGAAUGGCCAAAGUCUAUACAGAGAUACCGAGCAAUGUCUUUGGAGAGGAAAGACUUGUUGAAGAACUGGCAAAGCAAAAUAUCACCAAUUAUCUCUAGGCAUCUUUCAACUGAGUAUUUUGCCGAAGAUUUCGUCUCUCAUUUUUUGCAUAUCCUAGUCCCUCCAACUUUGAGGCCUAUAGCAUUGCAUCUAUUUUCAGAAAGGGAGAAAGAUGAUCUAGCUCAGCUGGUGGAUACUAUGGUUUCCUAUUCCAUUACAUACAAGAACUCCAAAGCUGAGCCCUUAAAGGGUGCUCAUAACAAUGGAACCGCUAAGGAUGUCUCUAUACUCAUUCUUGACCCCCCAAUUGGUGACUUCAUUAACUUUAAGGACUAUCAACCAACACAUUUAGAAUUAUCUCUAGCCAUGAAGCAGGUUUUGUUGCAUGAGGUCGAGAAACAAAGAAUACUGCGUGAAAACUCAGGAAGAUCAUUGAAUCCUGGUAAUGAAUGUAACAAGGACAGCCAGGAUUCAACUAUUACCAAGUUAGAAGUAUUACAUGACAUCAUCACUAAAUCUGCAUCCGUUAAGGGUAAUGAUAAACCCAGAUUGGCAAUGCUAAAGUUGGAAAAUGAAGACAAUCAUAAAAAUUUAAAUUCAAAAUCCAAGAAAAUUGUUUCCAAUACAAGCGUAACUGCAGAAGUUACUGGCGACUUGAAGAAGCCUAGCAGGCCAAUUAGUUUCUUUGAUAGAUUUAGGCAAGGAUGUAACAUUGACUCAAAGAAUCAUGUCAGCAAUUUACAAAAGGCUGCAACUGCUGAAAGAGAUUCAAGGCCAUUUCUCUUCAAAUACAAUGAGGGCUUCACCAACGCUGUGAAGAGAUCGGUGAAAAUUCGUGAUCUGCUGCUCUGAUGCAAUUAUAUUUUUUAAGCUUGUUAUUAACUGUCCACUGUUCUCAUUCAUUUUAUAAUUUUGCUUUUAUGUUUAUGUUAAUGGAAAUUGUGUAAGCAUUGGAAUUUUAAGUUGUCUUGGUUUUGCAAAUUAAAUAAAUAAAUAAAUGAUAGCGUGAAAAUA